AGUUGAUCGAAAACAAUUGAGACCAAAGACGUCGACAAUGAGUGUCUCUACUUGUUACGUUUCUACGCCAAGGAGGUACAUGUUGUGACGUGACCGGCACGUUCGGCAUGCUCGCGCAUCGUCAGUACUAGUAUUGGUCGUACACGAUUAUGCCUCUCAACUGAGCUUAUUUGUGAUUUCUCAGCCCACUUUUUCCGCUUUCUCUCGCGACCGACGGGAUGGUCAGGAUAGUGCGGACGGCAAACGAAGAGGAUCUGCACGCACAGAUCAACAAUGUUGUUUCUCACGCUGCUGAUGCCGCGUUCUUACGCGGCGACAGCCUUUUCCGAAUUGGAGUAUCAGGAGGCUCAAUGGUGGACGUGUUAGCAACAUGCUUGCCAAAGAUUAAAACCGACUGGAGCAAGUGGCGCAUCUUUCUCUGCGACGAGCGUAUCGUGGAGGCGAAUGAUGAACGCACCAAUCUGGCACUCUACAAGAGCAACUUCAUCGGCAAAGUACCAGUUACUGAGGACCAGUUCAUACAAGUUGAUACUAAACUUUCCGCUGAAGAUGCGGCGAUGGAUUACAUUAAAAAGAUCUCGUCGUUCUUCCCACCGGACAGAUUUCCCCGAUUCGACUGCCUGCUGCUAGGAGUGGGGCCCGAUGGGCACACGUGCUCGCUGUUUCCGAACCAUACGCGCGUUCUCGAAGAGAUAAACAUGUGGGUCACCUGGGAGCUGGAUUCGCCGAAACCGCCGCCUUGUAGAAUCAGCCUCACCUUACCGGUCAUUAACAAUGCCCGUCUGUGCGUUUUCAUCGCCACCGGCUCCUCCAAAGCCGACAUUGUGAAGAGGAUAUUAGAGAACAAAGAAGAUCUACCGGCUACCAGGGUACAACCGACCAAUGGUCUUCUCUAUUGGCUGCUCGAUAAGGAUGCCAGCAGUCUGCUUGAUGAUGACACACCGCAGCAAUCCGAGACUGAUAGCACAACGGCCGCAGUACCUGAAAAAGUCUAAACAUAAAUCUAAAAGCGGGAAGUGAUCACUAGAAAAAGAUGUUAUGACGUUUUACAUCUAAGUCACCUAAAGACACAUCCUGCUAUAAUUCUUAAUAUAUUUUGAACUGCUUUUUAGCAAUAAGUAAUGUGUGCGGUCGGAUAUAUUAUAUUAUAUAACUAUCAGAAGAUAGUUUACUGAGUCUAAACUACUAAAGUAAAAAUUCAUAUUUGUAUUACGGUGAAAUUGAAUAAUUAAACUAACAUUUUCUAAAGAAUUAACCUCAUGGUCACUUUUUUUAUUAUUCAACGUUUAUUAACCCUUUGAGUACUGAAUUAUUUGAAGAUUUUUAUGCCCAUGGGACGGA